AUGUCAGUCUCGCCUUUCCUAACAGGCAACAGCAUUUGGUCCACCAACGCGCCUCAGACGUCGGCCGCCAACAACAAUCACAGCAGCCUCGAGGCUGCCUCGUCUGUCUCCAUAUCAGAGCGCACCGACACUUCGCGGAGCGGAGCCCACCCUUUGCCCAACAAACCCGGCGCACCUCCUCGCUCCAACUCUGCAAACUUGCCAAGGAGUAGUGGCAAUGUCGGCAACGAUGCCAACCGAUCUGUCGACUCUGCUUUCAGCAACCCCGGACUCCAACCCGGUGUCAUAGGAGCAGCGAGAGGUGGCAAUAGUGCUGGCAGCGCCGGCCACAAGCUACCAGAUGUCGCUCGCUCCAACAGUCUCGCCGCCUCGACUCUGAGCUUUCGCUCGGCCAACUCAGGGUCACCCCUGCCAGCAGGCUUUCAAGGUCAAAGCGGCGGCUCGCAGCCACUUCGAUCGCCUUCUUUCCAGCAAAAUAGAAUGGCCUUGCAUGAUCGCGGCAACAACGCCAGCAGCGAAACAGACUUUGGAACGCCUCGACUCCUCCUGGACGCGCAACAUACCUUCGACCAGAACGACCCGGCGGUGUCUUCUUCGUUCGGCCGUUCCUCCGGGUCCGGUCCCAACGCGCCUGCAGCCUCGAGCUCCGGUAAGACUCGACCCAGCUCGUGGAUGCACCCUUCCAGCUAUGACGUACCAGCCGACUCAAUGCCAGUGCUGGAUCGAGACGCCUCAAGCGCUGCGUUCGUACGACCAGCCAGCAGUCAGGGCAAUCAUACCACCUUUUCCCUCUCUCAAGCCAACUCGAAUCUACCAUCGAAGCGUGCAUCCUCGGCCCAAUUUAGCCAUGCCACCCUCGAUGCUUCCACCAAAAAUGCUUUCGAUACGGCAGGCUCGGCCAACGCCGGCUUUCUGGGUCACGCGAGCAAUCCGACAUCUCAUGGCAUCGCUUCAGGCUCGCUCGGACGCAACAGUCGCAUCGAUCGACCAGCAGCACUCGGCGGUGCAGCUCCAACACUGACAGUACCUUCCUACAUGAACUUGUCAGGCGGACUCCUCUCGCCGACUGCGGCGACGAUCGGAAGCGCAGUAUCUUCGACCGUGCACUCGCCCAUCGGAAGUCCCCUCACCGGAUCCGGCUUUCACAGUCCGUUGCCCAAUCGCUCCGUCUCGGCUGGACACAUCUUUGACAAGCCCAUGCCUUCUUCGGACGACGCAGCCCUCGAGUUUUCCGUCAUCAAAGACAUGCUCGAUCGGCUCAUCCGUGUAGAAAGUGGGAUGAAGGACUUCUCACGCCAAAUUUCGGGCAUCUCCCGAAACGUCUCGCUGCUGCUCGAACGCACAAAGGGUCUUCCGCCGUCGAGUCUCUCCAGUAGCAGCAGCGCCAACGCAGCUCAGACCGCCGCUGCGGUGGCCAAUGGCGGCUCAGCCGAGGACAUGCGUACUCUCAACGUCCAGGUCAAUGCUCUGGCCAGCAGCGUCUCGCAUCUGCUGACGCUGCAGAACAAUGGCAGCGCGGGCAUCAGCUCGACACCUGCGCUGACUGGACUUGGACUCGGACCGACGGGCGGAAUGCUGGGAACUCCGCAGCUUGGAGGGUUGGAUCGCGCUACGUCGCCGCGCGUGGGAAGUCACCCUAACGGUCAGUUUCCCACGGGUCCCAACGGCCCUUUCCCGCCCUCAAAUGCACUCAGCCCACGACCUUCGAUCUCAGGCAAUGGUCGAGGAUGGAGCGGCCCAAAUGUACGAGGUCAAGACCAAAGCGUCGACCGACGAUGGAAUGCACCAGGCCAGGUGGGAGCAAGCAACCGCAAGGAUGGCCUCGCUGGAGGUGUUGGCGCAGCUGACGCGGGCAAUCCGCCCACCCCCGGUCUCGACGAUGGCACAGCCGCGACAUCGACCGUCUUGCAGCCAGGAACCGGUCUCAUCCAGCCCAACGCCAUCAUCUCCAAAUGGGACCAUCUCAACCUACACCCAGACUUGCUGCGCUCGAUUCUCAAGUAUGGUCUAGGUCCACCCAAUAGGAUCCAGCAACGAGCCUUGCCCUUCCUUCUCCGAGGCAGCGAUAUCAUUGCCCAAGCGCCUCCGACGCAAGAGCGGAUCGCGUCGUACGUCAUUCCAGCGUUGCAGCUCGUGCUCAAUGUUCUCAAGGAGACAGGCGGACCCGGCCAGACUGCUUCCAACCGUGGUCCUGUCGCUCUCAUUGUGUCAACAACGGUGGACCAGGCCACGCAAGCUCAGCGCAUGGCAUUGGGUCUCGGCGCACCCCUGGGCAUCCGUGUUCACAUGGUGGUAGCCAGCAGCCUUGACGUGCAUCAAGAGGCCCAGUCGCUGGUCCAGGUCUGGCCGCACAUUGUCGUGGGAACGCCGCAAAAGAUGAGCGAGCUCUUCACCUACAUGACGAACAACGCUUCGUCUCUGCACAUCCAAGGCAGCGGGCCCGCAGCUGCUGCCAUCAAGCCGAGCGAGGUCCGACUUGUGGUGUUGGACGAAGUGGAUCAGCUCAUCGCGCGUAAUCUUGCCGACCAUGUGAGCACCAUGCUGCGGGUGCUACCCUUGCCUUCCGCUCCAGCAAAUGUUCUUGUCAACGCCAGAGGUGUCGGUGGCCUUAGCCCAGGUCUGCCGCAGAGCGCUGGCAACGCCGCAUUUUCGCCCUUCGAUCAGGGUCCUGAUAGCCUCGGCAAUUCUCCGCCCAGCUCGUCUACGAUGGACAGGCAAGUCGCGCUCUUCUCCAACACGGUGCCGCAAGACGUGCUCAACUUUGCACAGUCGAUCCAUCUGCGCGAGUCGGUGCGGGUGCUCGUGCGUCGUGAUGGCGCUGGUGUCGGUGGAGGCGGCAGCAACAUGUCGCAGGGUCCUUCAGGCGGUGCCUCCUUGACGGGAGGCAGCAAUAGUCCGAGCGCUGGCAUGCAAGCCUCGGCCAAUCAGCGCGAUGCAUCUCAGCCGGCCAACGCGCUCGGUGCCCACCCGAUGAACUCGAGCGUCAGCACAGCCAAAGAUCCCAUGCUCGCAGCACUCAAAGGUAUGCGCCAGUAUUACCUCUACGUGGCGGUCACCUCGAACGGCGGUGGCAUGGGUCCGACGAGUCCCAUUCCCGGCCUCUCGCACAACCCAGCUGGGGAGAUGAAGCUCGACCUGAUCUCCGACCUGCUGGAAGACAUUGGCUUUGGUCAAACCGUCAUCUACUGCGCCAACAUCGCCACCCAGGAAGCGCUCAUCUACAAGCUCUCUUCCAAAGGCAUCGAGGCCAUGGGCCUGAACCGCGAUAUGAACGCCUACACGCGCCAGCAGACGCUGGGCAAGUUCCGGUCGCCCUCUUCGCAGUUUGCGGGUGGCAGGACGCGAAAGGCGCUCGUGGUGUGCGAGAUCGCUGUGAACCCCAAGGAGGUACACCAGAUCCCGCUAAUCGUGUUCUAUGACAUGCCGAGAAGCGUGGAGGACUACAAGGACAAGAUCAGCUGCGCUGCUGCCGGGGCGAUGGCUAGACCGAGUGUCUGCGUCAAUGUCGUCACGGCGUCAGGGGGGCCAAGGGGCGACGUGGAGAUGCUGAGGACCAUCGAGUGCCACUUUGGGUGCAAGAUGGCCGAGCUGCCCAUGGACCCGAGGCAGAUCCUCAACUUUUAG